UAAUCAGUUGUGAACUAGACGUAAACAGAGGUGUGCCGGAUCGGCGCCUACAGAUACCCUAGUAGUUGCUGUCAACUGUUUUUAGGGGAAGGAACGAAACCAAGACACGCCGAGAUGUCGAUUGCCCUGGAGGAGGAGAUCUUUGGCCUGGCCGUGAAUCCGUUCACCAAAUUACCGGAAAUGGUGCGCCGGUUCACGCUGAAGAACUCCAAGGGCAUGUCCGUUUCGGUCAUCCAGCUGGGGGCAAUCAUCCAGAGCGUCUGUCUGCCGGAUGCCUACAAGAAGGUGGACGAUGUGUGCCUGGGCUUCGACGACAUCGCCAGUUAUGUGGCCAACAAGGACGCCUACAUCGGUGGAACCCUUGGACGAGUGGCCAACCGGGUGGCCAACGGGGAGUACACGGUGAACGACACAAAAAUCCCGGUGACCAAGAACAUUCAGGACAAUUUCCAGUUGCAUGGCGGAUUCGUUGGGUUCGACAGUGUCAUCUGGGAGGUGGUUCAGAAGUCGUCCGACGGGGUGGUCUUUCGGCACGUAUCGCCACAUGGUCACGAGGGCUAUCCGGGCAACCUAACGGCCCUCAUCACAUACCAGCUGGACAAUGAAAACCGGCUGUGGGUGAGGUACGAGGCCACCACGGAUCGGCCGACGAUGGUCAAUCUGUCGAGUCACGCGUACUUCAACCUGGCGGGUCAUGGAUCCGGAGCCAAGGGUCUGGCCGAGCACACGGUGGAGAUUGCCGCCGAUCAGAUUGUGGACACGGACGAGCUGCAGAUUCCCACCGGCAAGUUGAUCGACGUGAAUGACACUGUCUUCGAUCUGAGGCUGCCGGUUCUGCUGCGCGACCGCCUGAUGCAGUUCGAGGGCCGUGCGAUCAAGGGCUACGACAACUGCUUCGUGGUCAACGGGGGCCAGCUGCAGAAGAGCAUCGCCAAGGUGGCCAAGCUGGUGCAUCCGCCCAGCUGCCGCGUGCUGGAGGUCUGGACCAACCAGCCCGGCAUGCAGUUCUACACCGCCAACAACUUGACCUCCGUAGUUGGCAAACAGUGCACUCGGUAUGUGAAGCACGGCUCCUUCUGUGUGGAGACGGAGAAGUUCCCCGAUGCCAUGAACCAUCCGGAGUUCCCGUCGGUCAGUCUCGAGCCGGACGAGAAGUACCGCCACGAUGUUAUGUAUUGGUUUAAGGUCGAGGAGUCCUGGAAAUGCUGCUGCAACAACGAUUAAUCUCCAGUGAAUAAAGCUUAACUAUGCCCAUGGUUUUCAACCCCAAA